GCGGUCCGUUACAUCAUUUUAUCUCCAUGAUCAAGACGGGAUUUAAUCUACAUGUGACUUUAUCACAGUCGGUAGAAGUAAUAGGUGAACAGUCGGUGAUUUGAAGUCAUUGAAAGGUUGUGCCUCGAGUGAUAUUCCUGUUACAAUAAGUAAAACACCUUUUAGUGUUAUCAGCGACUCAUUACUGCAACAAACACUUUGAAGAAACGUUUCGGGGGGAAAUGAGACAAAAACUCAAUAACAAAAAUCGCAACUGAUUAUGAAGGAUCUUCAACGUGAAGAGACGUUGAUGAUGGGCACCUGUAUUUUGAGAUGAUUCAUAUUUAAAGCACUAUGCCUCCAGUGACCUCUCAAGAACUGCCACUGAACAUAUAUGUCGUCAUCUUCGGCACUGGGGUACUUGUGUUCGUCUUAAGUCUCAUAUUCUGCUGCUUCUUUAUAAGUAAACUGAGACAUCAGGCUCGGAAUGAGAGAGCUGGUUACAUGAUGGUUGUAUUCAAAGAUGAAACAACACAGUUACAUGGGCAUGGGCUAACAUGUGCAGUUUGCUUAGAGGAUUUCAGGACAAAGGAUGAGCUUGGGGUGUUGCCAUGCCAACACGCAUUCCACAGAAGGUGUCUGGUGAAGUGGCUUGAAGUGAGAUGUGCUUGUCCUAUGUGUAACAUUCCCAUCAGUGCCGCUCUGGGUCAAACACAGAGUCCCGGAAACCUGCUAGAUGAAUUGCUUUAAGUUUUCUAUUCGCCAAAACACCUCUUUCAGGAUACAUACAAUUAAGUUUUCUCAUAUGGUGGACAUUAUUUUCAAAAAAUCUUGUACAAGCCAAGCAAAUGGCUUCUAUUUGAAAACAGUAUUGUUGUAAAAGAUCAUAUUUGCAGUGUUUUGUAUGUCUGGCUUAAAAUAAGAAUGUUUACAUUAAAUUUUGUGAGUCCCUUUGGUGUUUAGCCUUUAAAAGGUAUUAGUCUAUUAAAGUGGGCUGGGUUUGAAGCAGACCUGUCACCAAAUGUCAGCGAAUCUCCCUAAUGAAUAUUAAUUAGUUGCACAUUGCAUAUGUUGUUUAGUUGUUACUUGGCCUUAUCAGAUUGGUUUAAUCUGACAAUCUAAUUGAUUUAAUCUUGAAUUAAUCUACAACUUUGCUAUUUGAAAACAGGUUGACUGGGGGAAAAAAACUGAGAUCCCAUUAAAGGAACUGUUUACCCAAAAGUUCAAAUUGACGUGUAUGACUUUCUUCUUCAGAAUACAAAUUGUGAAUUUAGAAGAAUUUAUUUCUGCACUGUAGGUCUUGACAAUGCAAGUAAAUGGUGACCAAAACGUACGAUCCAAAAAGCACAUAAAGGCAGCAUAAAAGUAAUCCACACAACCCCAGUGAUUUACUCCAUGUCUUCAGAAGCAAUCCAGUUGGUUUUAGGUGAGAACAGACAAAAAUAUUACUUUUUUACUGUACAUCUUACCAUUGCAGUCUCUUGGCACAAUCAUUAUUUCAUGCUCGAUUAUACUUCCUAGUGCUUGGGGCUUGCGCAGAGCGCUAGAUGGUGAUGGGAGGAAAAUCAAGAUUUAAAUCAUGAUCACCAAGGAGUCUGUUGAGUUCAAGAAUUAAAGUUAAGUUUUGGUCUGUUUUCACCCAAAACUGACUGGAUCGCUUCACAAGACGUUGAUUAACCCACUAAAGCCUUACGGAUUAGUUUUAAAAUGCCUUGAUGUCCUUUUUUUUUAGCUUUAAAAUUUUGGCCAUAUUUAUUCUAAAAAUCUUUGUUAGUGUUCAGCAGAGUAAAGUAAGUCAUGCACAUCUGGGAUGGCAUAAUGGUGCCUAGUUUCUUCCAGACAUGACACUUGGAAUUGAGGCCAAACAGUUCAAUCUUGUUUCUCACACUCUGAGGGUCCUUUAGGUGCUUUUUGCUAAUUCCAAGCAGGCUUUCAAGUGUCUUGAAUGGUGGGUGAAUAAAUGAGAAUUUCACAUUUUGGACAAACUAUUCCUCUAAUUCAUGAUUCUUUUGGUUCAUAAUAGCAUACCAACAUACUUUUGUCCAUUUCUGCAGUAUAUACAGUGCAUUCAUAAAGUAUUCAGACCCCUACAUUUUCACAAAUGUUGUAAUGUUGCAGCCUUAUGCUAAAAUGCUUUAAUUUCUUUUCACAUCCAUCUGUACUCCA